ACUCUUCCAUCGAAGCAAGACACGUUGACUGCAGUCGAAAGGCGGGAGAGGCGCGACAAGCAACCAUACGCGCGUGUGUUCGUUCACCUGAAAUCGAUGAUGCAUACACCAUAGUCUCAUGAAACCCAGAUCAGUAUGAACGCGGCCUUGGUCGCCAUCCUAAUUUUAGCACUCGGCCACGCCCAGGGCUUGGCGCCGCUACCAAGCCAUUCGCUUGGACAUCGAAACGAAUGGUCAGCGCGACGGAUGCUGGAUGAGGAUGCGGACGAGGGCACUAACUUGGAUGACAGCGACAGCGGAGAGGGGCCUAGCCUAGCGGACGCGGUCGCUGCGCGGGUUGUGAACAGCACCUGCGCGCCCGGGUGCUCGGAGCAUGGCGUGUGUAACGAAGAGCUAGGGAGGUGUGACUGCCCUCGGCACUUCGUGGGUCCGGACUGCCAGACUCCCAACCCGGAGGUCAGCGACGUGUGUGCCAAGUACGGCUUCACGGUCAGCCAGUGCCGCGGCGCCUCGCCCUGCUUCAACAGCUGCAACGGGCGCGGGAGAUGCGUAGCGGGCGUGUGCCACUGCCUGCCGGGCUUCUGGGGCAUGGACUGCGCGCUCAGCCGGGGCGCCGACGGCAGCGUGCAGCUGCUGGAGGGACAGGGGUACGUGCCGCGCAAGGACAGCAUCAAGAUCUACGUGUACGAGCUGCCGCCCAACGUCACGUCCUGGUUCAACAUCAAGCGCCUGGACCGGCCGCUGCACCUGUUGUUCUGGCAGCGGCUGAUGUCGGCGGGACUGCGCACCGUCAACGGCGACGAGGCAGACUACUUCUUCAUACCGCUCAACACACGCACGCUCAUGGCGCCGGAGCAGGCCGCCUGGAUCCUGCCGUACAUCCGCAACACGUGGCCGUACUGGGACCGCGACAACGGCCACCGCCACCUCAUCAUCCACACAGGCGACAUGGGGUUGCACGAGCUGCCACUGGGGCUGCGGCGGAAGAUGAAUGAGACCCUGUCCAACAUCACGUGGCUCACGCACUGGGGCUUACACACAUACCACCCCAUCGGCACCUGGUUCCCCGCGCACCGCCCCGGCAAGGACAUUGUCAUCCCCGUCAUGAUCACCACGCCCGGCUUCCAGCUGUCACCCCUCAACCCGGCGGUGGCUGAGAAGGCCGCCAAGCGCGGCCGGCCCUACACGCGAGAACAGACCUUCUUCUUCGCUGGCCGCAUCUGCGGCGACCGCAAGCCGCCCGACCCACUCACACACGAGUGCGCGCCCAAGCGCACCGACUACAGCGCCAGUGUGCGGCAGCGGGUGUACUUCCACCACCACAACCGCACCGGCUUCAAGGUGCUCACCGGCACCAGCAAGUACAUGCAGGAGAUCACCUCGCACAAGUUCUGCCUGGCGCCCACCGGCGGCGGCCACGGCAAGCGCCAGGUGCUUGUGGCGCUUAUGGGCUGCAUCCCCGUCACCAUCACGGACGGCGUGUACCAGCCCUUUGAGCCUGAGCUGCCCUGGGCCGACUUCUCCGUGCCGGUGGCGGAGGACGACAUCCCGCGGCUCCACGAGGUGCUGGAGGCCCUGCCGCCCGAGCAGGUGGAGCAGAUGCAGUCCCGGCUGCACUGCGCGGCCCAGCACAUGUUCUACAGCAGCAGCCUGGGCGCCAUCAUCGGCGAGGACGGCCGAUACGACGCGUUCGAGACCAUGAUUGAGAUCCUGCGUGUGCGCAAGGCUCAUCCGGAUGUGGCGCCGGACAAAUACGUGGAGGUGGAUGAGCGCUUCCGCCAGUUCGCCAACUGCGAGCUGGGCGGCCCCGACCCCAAGACGCUGUGCGCCCAGGGCAUGGACCGCCAGCACCCCGACAUGCCCACCUGCGCCGAGUGCCACCGCCAGGUGUCAGCGCGCCGCACCGGCUCCAGCUUCUUCUCCUGGGCGGGCGGCUUGGUGUGCUGUAGCGAGCUGGACUUGGCUAAAUGCCCGCGCGUGUGGGAGUGAGCGACUGGGCGUGUGGCGGCCGAGUGGGUGGGCGAGCGAGUAGGCGAGGCGCAGGGCUGGAGGCGCGCAGGGUGCGGGGGUGCGGGGUGGAGGUUGUGGAGGUGCACUGGCGAUGUGGGGACGGUGGAUUAGAGGAGGGUCAGACACGGGAGCUUGCCGUCCAGGAAGACUGUGCGGGGGUGCGGGAGGCGGCGUCGAGUGCUGGUGCAGUGCAGCAAGAGUGUCGAGUAAGCGCAAGGUCAGAACGGCAGCUGGCUGUUUGGACUGCCAGGAUUAGAUGUGUGAGCGCUGAGCAGCCUAGCCUUCGUGGCUGGCGGGAGUCCACGGCGGCUGGUGGCGCAUCGCAACUGCAGCAGUGCAAGUCGCUCGGGACUAACAGUCGUCAGAUGCACACCAUGUGUUAGAAAGAGAGCUCGGCCAUGGACGAAACUGUGGAGAAGC